AUGGGUACUCAAGACGCUGUCUUCGAGCGCGCUGUGCACAACCAUGAAAUAGUAGCCAACUAUGGCCCACCCAGGCCACCGUACUCUAGCCAUCGUGAAUGCAAUGGGGCUCGGGUGGCCGACUGCCUGCACUGCAAAGCUCACCAGGAUCCCAAGCAAAUCUGCCUGUCGAUAACGCUGGGCCGUUCGUACGGGUCGUGCUCUCCUACGCCCGUACUAGUAGUAUCUGAAGGGAGGAUGUCUGGUGUCUCUGGGUUUCAGACUCCAUACCAGGAGGCCCUAGAAACGCCUCCAAUGUCGGACUUUGCACUUCACCCACGAAGAAUCGGACGACCAGGCGUCACCAGGACCAACUGA